AUGGCAGACACGGAAGAAAGUGGUCGAAAAUAUUGGUUGAUGAAAGCUGAAGGCGAGCCUCGUAUUGUUAAAGGGAUUAAUGUUGCUUUCACGUUUGAGAUGCUGGAGAAUAUUACUAAUGAAGGAAAGAUGGAGUCUUGGAGCGGUGUCAGAAACUAUGAGGCUCGUAAUAUGAUUCGAGAUCAGAUGUCAGUAGGCGAUUAUGCGUUUCUUUAUUGUUCAAAUUGUAAAUUCCCUCAUAUUCGAGGUGUAAUGGAGAUUUGCUCAAAUCCUCAUCCCGAUGAUUCUUGCUGGGACCCGAAUGAUCCCUAUUAUGAUCCGAAAUCAACAAAGGAAAAGCCCAGGUGGUAUUCAGUAGGCGUACAAUCGCGAUAUCCUUUGAAAAGGUCUGUAACUCUUAGAGAACUAAAAUUGCAUUUGAACGGAAAGCUCUCACAAAUGUCAAUGCUUAAUCGGGCACGGCUUAGUAUUUCAAAGGUUCGUCAAGAAGAAUGGGAUUUCAUACAUCAACUUGCUGAAUUGCCCGAACCCGGUGAAGUACAAGAAGCAAGAGAGAAGGAAGAUCAAAAGGAAAGGAAGAAGAGAGACCGACGGGUAGAGGACGAUGGGAAGGAGGACAGCAAGCAGAAGAAAAGCAAAAGCCCCUAUAACGCUGCAGCGGGAGACGACGAUACCUCAUUGAACACUAUUAAACAAAGUAGAAUCAAAGAAUGCAAUAUAAAAACAAGCAUAUGA